UACUGCGGUUGUCCAGUCAGUCAGUAACCUAACUCAGAAAAGUGGAAUACAACAACUACUACUCCUCCUAAAGAGAAGAUGUCGUUCAUAAAUGUCGAUGCAGCAUCUGAUUUCUCCUUCCAGAACCUUCCCUAUGGUAUAUUCUCUACAGCUGGUAACCCUAAACAUCGGAUUGGGGUUGCUAUUGGAGACCAGAUACUGGACCUCAGUGUGGUAAAGUCUUUGUUUCAAGGGCCUGUGAUGUCCACACAUCAGGAUGUCUUUGAACAGACCACACUCAAUGCUUUCAUGGCUCUUGGAUGUGAGGCCUGGACGGAGGUUAGGAGGACCUUGCAAGUGUUGCUGGCUGCCAAUGAGAGCACGCUGAGAGAUGAUUUCAGCCUUCGGAGCAGAGCGUUUGUUCAUCAAAGUGCAGCCACCAUGCACCUUCCUGCAGACAUUGGUGAUUACACUGACUUCUACUCCUCCAGAGAUCAUGCCACCAAUGUUGGCACCAUGUUCCGGGGGAAGGAGAAUGCUCUGAUGCCAAAUUGGCUGAGGCUUCCAGUUGGCUACCAUGGAAGAGCAUCAUCAAUUAUUGUUUCUGGAACCCCCAUUCGCCGACCCUCAGGCCAGAUGAGGCCAGACCAGAAGAAACCUUCAGUGUUUGGCUCUUCUAAGCAGUUGGACAUCGAGCUGGAGAUGGCCUUCUUUGUUGGUGGAGGGAAUCAGCUCGGGGAGCCCAUACCCAUUGAUAAAGCCCACGAACACAUUUUUGGAAUGGUACUCGUGAAUGACUGGAGUGCCAGGGACAUUCAGUCAUGGGAGUAUGUUCCUUUGGGUCCUUUUCUUGGGAAGAAUUUUGGAACCACCAUCUCACCUUGGGUCGUCCCAAUGGAGGCACUGUUACCAUUUGCAGAAGUCAACCCCAUCCAGGAUCCAGAGCCCCUCUCCUACCUGCAACACCAGGAUGCUUACACUUUCAACAUUAAUCUAUUUGUGUCUUUGAAAGGACAAGACAUGGAAGAGGCAGCAACCAUCUGCAGGUCAAACUUUAAGUACAUGUAUUGGACCAUGAAGCAACAGCUCACCCAUCACACAGUUAACGGCUGCAACGUCAGACCUGGAGACCUGCUGGCUUCUGGUACUAUCAGUGGAUCUGAUCCCGAGAGUUUUGGCUCCAUGCUGGAGUUGUCAUGGAGGGAAACCAGAAACAUAGAUCUUGGAAGUGGAGAAACCAGAACCUUUUUGAAGGACGGAGAUGAAGUCACCAUUACAGGUUACUGUCAAGGAGACGGCUACAGAGUGGGCUUUGGACCCUGCAUGGGAGCUGUCCUUCCUGCCCUGCAACACUAAAACACACUUUGAUGAUUUAUGAAGAUAUUUUUUGUACAGCAUAAAUACUGGAACAUAGACCUACAACAUCACAGCAAUGACCUUUGCCCUCAAACUGUUCCUCACUUCAAGAGACACGUUUCCCUCUCAGAUUCUCCAUUUCUAGAUUUGGUUCAUUUCUGUUCACAGCUUCACACAACUGUAGUUCAAGACUCCACCAAGAAAUGCUUCUUUUUGUAUUGUUUCUGAAAAUCUCUGUGAUAUACAUUAAGCCCCGGAGUUCGCACAUCAGUGUAGGUGCUGUACUAGAAUAAGUAAUUAAUGUUGUUUGUGCUGGCUCCUAAUAUCAAAUUAAAUCCUCCAUGCUUAG